UGCUGUUCCUUUCGAUUAGCGGCAUAAACCGGCUUCCGUGGCAGAUGUCAAAGCUGAUGCAAGUUGUGAUCAAACAGCUGUGCAGGCGAAUUACACAAUCUUGCAUUGUCACAGAACAUUUGUAUAGAUCCAUUUCUUCUACUGUCUCCUUAUCAAAGACAGUCUCUGGGUGGGGAUCCAAGAAGCAGAAACAUUUUGUAUUGAAAGAAAUAGACGUUAUGGAUCCAAAAAUUGAAGAACAGCUUGCUCCCUUUAGACAAGCUGUGAAGGAACAGGGUGACAUUGUUCGUCAGCUGAAGGCAGAUAAGGCCCCUGAUAUUGAUCUACAGAGAGCUGUUGCUGAGCUGAAAACGAGAAAACAUGCCUUGGAACAUAAGGAGAUUGAGUUGACACCAAAGGACAACUUUGACAGAAGCAAGAUGGAGGAUCUACUUAAACAGAAAUUUUUCUACGACCAGUCAUUUGCUAUUUAUGGAGGUGUGAAUGGACUGUAUGAUUUUGGUCCUAUGGGUUGUGCUGUGAAGGCUAACCUGCUACAGGCAUGGAGAAACUUCUUUGUGUUGGAGGAGAAUUUACUGGAGGUGGACACAGCCAUGCUUACUCCUGAGGUUGUGUUAAAGGCAUCUGGUCAUGUUGAAAGGUUCCAGGACUAUAUGGUGAAAGAUGUCAAGAAUGGAGAAUGUUUCAGGGCAGACCAUCUCAUUGAAAAUUCAUUUGAAAAGAUGUUAACUGAUAAAAAAGUGACAGCGGAAGUAAAAGAACAAAUCCGGAAAAUAUUGCCAACAAUAGACAACAUGGAUAAAGAUGAAAUGGGUAAAACAUUAAAACAGUUCAAUAUCAAAUCACCUGUCACUGGCAAUGAUAUAUCGGACCCGAUGGAAUUUAAUCUCAUGUUUGCAACAUCCAUCGGACCCACAGGGACACUGAAAGGUUAUUUGAGACCAGAAACAGCUCAGGGUAUAUUUGUCAACUUUAAGAGGUUAUUGGAGUUUAAUGGUGGUAAACUUCCCUUCGGUGGAGCACAAAUUGGCAGUGCCUUCAGAAAUGAAAUUUCACCAAGAUCUGGCUUAAUCAGAGUGAGAGAAUUCACCAUGGCUGAAAUUGAAUACUUUGUCGAUCCACAAGAAAAAAAGAAAUUCUUCAAAUUUGAUUCAGUGAAGGAUAUCAAAUUGACGCUGUUCUCUGCCUGUAAUCAGAUGGAUGGUAAAGGUCCGGAGGCCAAAUCUCUCAAGGAUGCUGUUGCUGACGGUACUAUAGCAAAUGAAACUUUAGCAUAUUUUAUGGCACGCAUCAACUUGUUCCUCAUCAAGAUUGGCGUGGACGAGACAAAGUUACGAUUCCGGCAGCAUCUGUCCAAUGAAAUGGCUCACUAUGCUUGUGAUUGCUGGGAUACUGAAUUGAAGACAUCCUAUGGUUGGAUCGAGUGUGUUGGAUGUGCAGACAGAUCUUGUUAUGAUUUGAUGUGUCACCAAAAAGCCACAGGUUUAAAACUUGUCGCAGAAAGAAAGUUAGACGAACCCAAAACAAUAGAAGUUGUGGAAUGUAAAGUGAACAAAGGUGUGAUGGGCAAAGUGUUUAAGAAAGAUGCAAAGGUUGUGACUGACUUCAUUACUAGAAUGGAAGACAAUGAGCUCGAUGCCAUGGACAAAAUACUCAAGGAGAAAGGGGAAUUUGAAAUCAAACCAAAUGACCAAUCGUUUGUUGUGAAAUCAGAUAUGGUUACAAUCAAUAAAUUUUCAAAAACAGUUCAUGUUGAAGAUUUUAACCCAUCUGUGAUAGAGCCGUCGUUUGGUAUAGGUAGAGUUAUGUAUGCCUUGUUUGAACAUAACUUUAGAAUGAGAGAAGGAGAUGAGCAGAGAACGUAUUUAUCACUGCCGCCAAUAAUUGCACCCUACAAGUGUUCA